CGGCACGUGGACACGUGCGCGCGUGUGUCUCUACCGUUUCCGCGGCACCGUACGAAGGCGGGUUCGCGGGCCCGUCCACGACAGCGUCAUGAAUCGCGAGACGCAAUUCGACGUUUUCGCGGGCGCAGUCGGCGGCCAGGUGAAAGGGAUAAGAGUCGGCGCGACGCAGGAGGAGAACAAAGUGGAGAAUCUGGAGCGCCUGGAGCUUAUCGCGGAGGACGACCAGGUGACGAGGAUCGCGUGGGGCGGCGACGACGAGCGGGAGGUCUUGGUCGCGUGCGGCACGAAAGACCGCAGAGUAAAGAUCUUCGACUCGGACAGUGGGACACUCGUGCGUUCGUUCCCUUGCAACCUGGGCCAAGAAAGUAUCAACGGGAUAUCGGGAUACAAGGGGUGUAUUUUGACGUCGGUCGGAUCCGGGGAAGUGUGCCUGUGGUCACCCAGCGGAGAAGGCGAGGUAUUGGUGAACGCCGGGCAGAACUUGUGCCGAAUGUGCCACUCGCGCGAGCAGGAGAACGUGAUAGCGACCGGGGGAGUGGAGAACAACGUGAAACUGUACGACCUGGAGAAACGAGAGCGGAUAUUCAUCGCGAAGGAUCUCCCGCACGACUGGUUGAACCUGAAAGUACCCGUUUGGAUAUCGGACCUGACUUUCUUGCCACUUACCCAACAGAUAGUCGCGGUCGGUAGACAUGGGCAUAUAUACGUGUACGAUCCGCGUUCCCAAAGACGUCCUGUGGUGAACAUGACGGCGAAAGAAAGUUGGACCUGCUUAGCCAUCGCGCCCAGAGAAAAACAUAUUGUCGUGGGCUCGACCACAGGGAGGCUGAAUCUUGUCGAUCUGAGAAAGACAGGCACCAUAUUAAAUACGUACAAAGAUUUUACGGGCGGUGUAACAGGAGUGGCUUGCAGCCCGAUCAGACCAUACAUCGUGAGUGUCAGUCUCGAUAAAUACCUGCGGAUACACGAUAUAGAUGCGAAAACCCGUCCAAAACGCAUUUAUACGAAGUCGAGAUUAUCGUGUUUAAUAAUGCGGUCAGAUAUCACUAUAGAAACGAAAAGUAAGGAUAGUGUGGGCGCUUAGGAUAUUUAUUUAUAUAUAAAUCUAUUGGUAUGAAUAAAAUGCGUUCAUAUGAAUGAAAAAUGUCUUGGACAAUCUCUUGA